ACACACAGAUAUUCCAGGCCUGCCGGGAGCGUCAAUAUGGCGGCGCAGGGCGCCCCCUCGAACUCUCCGUCGGACGAGUCCACCACCUCGGGGUUGCUGCCAGAACUGCCGUCGACCCAGCUCCUGACCUCCACGGUGAUUAAGGAGUCAAACGGGAGCUCCCGGUGCUCUCUGCUUCAGGGGACCUGCCCCGAGGACUCGUUGCCCGUAGCCGUGUUUUAUGGUCCGCUGGACGAGAAAAACCCGCUUCUGGCCUCUUGUGAGAAGGAGAUCCGGGAGUUGUUAGGCUUUAUGAGGAAAAAGAAGGCUUUUGCCACCACAGAGGAAGAGAAGCACGAAUUCCGCCGGCGUUGUGCUACUUCUUUGUUUAAUACCUGGACUAAAUACGCCCCCAGGCUGCCAGCUGACUAUUACAAUGAAAAGCUUCUGAAGGUUGGAGAUAGCCUUUGUCAAAUGAAAGAAUACAAACUGGCCCUUUUACAAUGCUAUGGAAGAUAUCUUCAGCAGUUCAGUACCAAUUUUGAUGAGAAUAAAGUAGAUGUAACUCAAUUCAAAGCUGCCUUUUUCCCAAAAGGCUUUAGAGAUAAAACUGCUGGACUUACAUUUCAUGCUUUGAGUGGCAAAAAUAUGUGCAACUACCAGCUGGUCUGCGACAGUGAUGAAAACCUGCAGAAUAAAGAAUCCGUGGUCCAGUGUCUGCAUAUCUUGUCCUUCUUAAGGCUCAUCAUGCAGGUGGCUCUGCCACAGGAGCAUCUUUGCUGGAUUAUCUUCAAUGGUACCAUUUAUAUUUACACCAUUUGCAGAAAACUGAUGGUCAUAGGUCAGUCUUCCAAGGCCUUAGAGUAUCUCCUGUGGGCCAGCAUGUGUAUGGAGUCCUCGGUCCCACUUCUGUCGCUCAGGUACUUGACAUGGCGGGCUACUCUCUACACGGCUGUUUGCCAGUGCUGCUAUGAUUGCCAAGCUGGGAUUCACGGAGAGGCAUUUGCUCGGCGUGCUUUGGGUAAAAUUGAUGAGUUAAGGCAACUGGAGUUAAUGAGCUCCUCAAAAUUCCAGGAAGAAUCGAGAAGAUAUUUUAGAGAGGCCACAAUAAAGAUGGCAGUGAUGAUCUUCAAAAGAGGAGUCUUUGAAUCUAGAAGAAAAAACAAAGCUUUCUUUAGACCCAAGAUAAGAAUUAACCUAAAGGAAGUACAAACUUUUUCAUGGCCACGUACUGUCACAGAGCGGCUACUGGAUGAGAUGUUUGAUAGCGCCGCAUCCCGGUUUCUGGCUGUCUUGGAAGCUCUUUCUGAUUCAAAUAGGCGAAUACUGCAAACUGGACCCAUUGUUACAGAUGAAGUGGAGAUUCAUGAUGUUGUUUCAGAACUGUUUAUGGCAGGAAAACAACUAUUGAUAAUGUCAAAUACUGGUGCAGAUGGAAUGCUUGAUUUUCCGAAAACAUCUCUUCUGGAACUUGUGAUAGAAAGAAAAGAUGUUAUUUCUGUGGAUGCUGCUGUGAAGUUUACAAAAUUAGCUUUUACUUAUGAGGAAUGGAGUUUAUUUGAAUCUUCUGCUGUACAUCUUAUUUAUUUUCUCCAGAGGCAGGAUGAUCCAGAGUCAAAGAAAGCAGAGAAGGAUUUAACUCUUCUGAUUGCAAUGGAACCACUAAUCAACAUAAAGAGAAACAAAGGUUUGAUCUUUCCUUUGGAAAACUAUAGAGAAGGAGAGGCAGCUCAAAUUUAUUUAAAAAAAAUUGCUGUUCAUGAUACUUAUUUGAAGAUUUGUGGAUAUUCAGAGGAUAUUUUCCAUUUGGCAGCAACCUUGUGUUUCUGUGUCUGCGCCAGUCCUCAGGAUGUUCAGCCUGAUAAGGAAAUCGUUGUGGACACAAUAAUGUUCCUAUGGCAGAAAUGCAAAUUAGGAAUUCAGCGGCUCAAUAUAUCCAGAAAUGACUAUGCAAAAUUCAUCCAGAAAAUCAGUACUAACAAAUGGAUUUAUCUUCUGUGGCAGUUAAAUGAAGUAAUUCACUGCUCUAAAAUGGAAGACAUUGACAUUGUGGUAGUGGCAGAAGUCACAUUACGAUUAAGUGAAGUAUUGGAAUCUUUAGGAAGCCCAGGAAGAAAAUUUAAAAAAUCUCUAGACGUACCUUUAAGAAAAGGGACUGAUGAAUUCCCUGGAGCUCCAAAAGGGAUCACAGAAAUUCUUCCAAUAUUAAAGAAAAAUCCUGUGGAACAGUUACUUUUUGCUUAUAAACUUCUUGACAAAGCAAUAGGUGGAAUAAAUUUGAAUUGCAUGUUAACCACUUUGCCAAAUGGAUCAUCAGUAAUUGACCACUGCUAUGCCAAGCAUACCCACCAUAUAGAUGGAGAUACUUACAAACCACUUGCCUCAAAUAGUUUCAUGAUGGAUUUGCAUCUUGAACUAAUUCAAGCUCAGCAUCGAAUAGCUGUUGUGCUUCUGGACAAAUUGCAAGUUUUGCAGACUCCAACUGUUAGCAAAGAUAUUUCUACCAAGGGUCCAGAAAAGUUAAAACAAUCUAGAAGCACUGAUUGUUUUACAGAAUUAAAUAUAAUGAAUAAAAUAAAGAAGAAUACAUUAUCCAAAGCAAUUUACUUAAUGCAGAAAGCUCUUUUAAUAUUCGAGAAAGAUGCAACCUCUACAUCUUCAUGGGAAUUUUUGACGGAAGCAUAUUCUUUAAUUGAGAGGAUUGAAGCUGAACAAAAUGCCCUGUAUUCCUAUCAGAAAUAUUUGGAAAGUUCAAAAAGAAAGAAAAGCAGAAUCCCUCCUCCACCUAUCCUGCUGUCUCGAACUCACUGUUCUGUGACACUCAAACCUGCUCCGUUUACUUCAGAGGUUAAGGUCUCUUGGUACUGCAUUUUGGGUUGCAAAGCAGAAGGAAGUUAUGGAAAAGUACGGCUAAACAAUAAUCAUCUCCCAAAUUCAGGAGAAGCGAUACCAGCUGACGGUAAAAGCAUUUUCGAAGUGAAAGGUUUAGAAACCAAUGAAAAAUAUGUAUUUGCAGUUGCUGCCUAUUCUAAUAAUGGAAAGCUUGUUGGGGGUGCUAUUGGGGAGACAACUAAACCAAUUCUGGUUUAUCCACCUCUUUCAACUAUUACUGCUCGGAUGUUCCUCACACAGGUUGCCUAUCAAGUUGGUAACUAUGAGUUGGCUAAGAAAGUUUUCUCACCAGUUUGGGAUUAUUUUGUUGCUUCCCCACUUCAGGAUGAACAAUCUGUUAUUUGUUUAAGCAAUAUAAUUACUAUUACACAGAGAAGAUUACAUGCAGAUAUUUUGGCAGAGACUUCUUCAAUCCUCUUAUACCUUUUUCUCAGAAACAUUUUUGUAAUAAGUGACAUCAAAAUUAAAGAAGAAAAUCUUUUCUGUGAUAAUAUUAAAGGCAAUGAGGUUUUCCCAUCUCAACAAAUUGCCAGACUGAUUGAAUGUGAGAGAGUAUUAGUGGCAUUGGAACUUAGCAACUCUCUAAAUGAUUCCAGCUAUGCUCUUCAAGCUGUGACUCAAUGUUAUGGCCUUCUUGCUCCCAUAAUCUAUCACAAUAUUGUUUUGGUACCUGUUGUACAGAUCUUGAUAAAGUGUAUAGUGGUUUUGCAAGGACUACCAAAUAUCGUCUGCUCGAAAAAACAUACUGCGAGUUUUGAAAGCGUACAGCACAUGAUAGCUUGUUGUAUCUUCUAUAUAACGAAGAUUCUGCGUUCAUGGAGGGAAUAUGACCUGGCAGUAAUGAUUAUAAAUUACGGGAAAAAAAUGUUGGACAUCACACCAGAAAGCAAGUCUCUGUUGGAUGGUAGUAAUGAACAAGAAGAAAUGCCAGAGGAGGAUUCUUCUAAGAAGUCUUUAAAGACUAAGAAGCCACAGCAGAUACUGUUGCCUGAAAAGAUAAAUGAACAGCUGGCUUUGUUGGAGACACACCUACUCAAACUGACAAAGCAAUAUGUUACAUCUGAACUCUCAGGAGGAGAAGACCCUAUAUUUCUUUAUCCUGUAGUUGUGAAUUGGUCAAUCAAAGGUGCCGUGAAAGAAGUUAUGAAAUUUAAGCAAAAACCAAGAUUUCUGGAAUUCUUUACACAAGUUAUGCUAAAAUGCAUGAAUGAGGAAAAAUUUCAUCUUGUGGUAGAGAUAACAAUUCCUGUCCAUGACUUCUUGAAAAGGAGAAAUGAGUCUCUACUUGAAAUAAAAAAAGUGAAAUAUAAGGACAGUGCUUUAAAUAAAAAAGCAAACAAAUCUUUAAAGUUCAAAGCUGCCGUAAUGGAAAUUGGAAGAAGUGCAGAAAUUCAACAAAGAAUAAGAAGUAAAAGAAAGGAAACUCUAAGAGAUCUCAUUUUAAAACAUCCAGCUAUUUCUGAAAUGAUGGCACAUGAAAGAAAUAAGAGAGCCAGUGUUAGAAGAGCAGCACAACGGUACCUGAUGGAUUACUUGAAUCCUCUAAUAUCAACUUAUAUUAAAAGAAAGAGGUUCCGUCGUGUUUCUCUUGAAGAGAUGCCCUGGAGAGCUCAGAUGAACCUGUAUCUAGCAGGCGCACACUUCAACCUGGUUUUACAAAAGCUGGGGGAGCGUGCAAAGAUGAAAUCUGGCACUUCACAUAUGAUGGUCAGUUUCAGAUCAUGUGAUCCUAACAUAUUCUCACUCUAUAAUUCAGGAACAGUAUUACCAACACGAAAAUUGACUGUAGAAAAUUAUAAAGCAAUGCUUGAUUUCCUUCUUACAGCCAAAAAAAGAAAGGCCAACUUACCAUCAGAUGCUGAAGAAUUUUCUACAUUUAUUAAUUCCAAAAUGAGUGAUGAAAAUAUGUCCAAGACACAAACAGUUCACGACUCAGACUCUCAAUCAGGUUCUAGUGCUAAAGAAAAGGAUCGAGGAGCAAAUUUGUGUGUAAUGGAUCAUUUUAUGAAAAUCUUUUUAUACUGCAGGAGAGCAAUGGUUCUUGCUCAUCGUGGUGGCUAUUGGACUCUGCUUCAGAACUGCUGUCGGGCCUUUUGGAACUUUACUCAGGAACUACAAAUACUUCUUAAACAGGGAGUGGAUAUUUAUAAAACAUUUCCUAUUAGUCAAGAUGGUUUCCUCUGCACCUCUGUUUUACCAUUCUAUUUGGGAGCAGAAUUACUUAUUGACAUGCUAAUACAACUACAAAACACCAAUUCUAUUAAGCCCAUUGAAGACAAAGGAGAAUUCAGUGUUCCAAGUUGUUAUGGGAAUAUUAAAAAUGAUAACGGUGGUUCUAGUCUUACAUUUGAGCAUCCUUUAGAUGAUGUAAAUGUGGUUGAUUUGAAAUGGAUCCACAACUUUGUGUUAAAAUCCCUGGAAGUUUUAUAUCAAGUGGAAAAAUGGGAAACACUAGUAUCACUUGCCAUUCAGUUCAAUACAGUUUCACAUGAGCGGUAUACAGAACAAGUGACACCACUUCUGGUGUAUGCACAGCGCCAGCUUCUGCUGAGAAUACACAAGUUCAAGGGCCCAGAUAUUACCCAACAACCUUGUGCAAGGUAUGAGGCUGAAUAUGGAGAGAAGAUAACCUGCCGAAAUUUUGUUGGGAAGCAACUUAAGAUUAAUUCUUCAACCAUUGAAGAAACAAGCAACUGCGCAGACUUACUAAAAAUGCUUAUCUAUUCAGAAUACAGCCGAGCCAAAGCGCUUGUCUGCGUGCCCGUGGACGUGACAGACACCUUGAGGUGUUUUAGAGAGACACUGGAAAAAUCCAAAUACCAUAACAGAUCAAUGCGACACAGCAGAAAGUUGCUUUCAUUAUUUCUUGCACAGACACAAGGAGAGAGAGGAGGAAUAAACAAUUCCAAAUGUACUCCUGGAAGGGUGGAAUUUUGCCUGGGGACAGAGGAGAUGCAUAUGUCAAUACCCCCUGACCUUUCUCAGGAGCACUUCAGAGUUUUUAGUUCCGUGGAGAAAAGCAAACUUCCAUAUUCACAACUUGGACUCGUAAUUUCUUCUUAUCACCAAACUAUUGAUGUUCUCCAAGCCAGUAAUCAAAGAAGUCUUAAAGUUCAGGCGUUGCAUUCACUUGGAAGUCUUCUCAUCUUUGCAGAAAAGAAAAGGGCUGCUUUUAAGUGUUGGUGUCAAGCUCUUGAUGACAUAUUCAGAAAACCAGAUGUGCUGCACACGUGGAAAGAGUUUGGCCCCUCACUCACCAAUGUCACCAACAGCCAUUCACCUCUGGGUUUCAAAGACUAUAGUGAGGAGUUUCUGUCAAAAGUUGGCAUCUGGGGGUGUUUGCAAGGAGCAGUCAUAUCAGCCAAGAUAGCACAAUUUAUUCAGUCAUUGAAUGUUGAAAAGAGAACUGACUGUUGCAUUUUGUCUGCAUUACUCUUUCAGGGUUUGCUUAGAACCACACUUCCACAUCCCAAAGCGGAACGUUGCUAUGCUCAAUAUGAAAUCACUCAACUUCUCCCAGGCAUUGAGCUCUUCUCAGAUAGAUACAGGGCUGACAUUUGCUCUGUAAUUGCAAGUCUGUAUUACAUUAUACGUGAACUGCACUUUGUUAGGCAAAACCUAAUAGUUUUGCCUCUCCUUGCAUUGUACCAAUAUUUUGUUUCUGGAAUUUGUCAAGACUUAAUCAGAAAUCUAGAAGCAAGAAUCCUCAAGAUAGAAGUCCUUAUAGAUUUGAGAUUCUUUUCUGAAGCCUUUUAUGAGAUAUCCCAGAUUUUCUAUGGAAAAAACAUGCCUUGUUCAAUACCCGCAGGCUAUAAAGCUGCUGGAAAAAUGAAGCUAUUUCAAUCAUUUGACUCAGGAAAACCUCUUACCAGUAAAGAAAAUAUGCAGGCAAUUGAUGAAUUAAGAAAUAAAGGCUUGCCUGCCAUUCUGAUUACAAUUGACCAACCGCAUCUCUCAAAUAAGUUUUAUUUUGUUAAAGCAUACUUUUUCCUAAGUGUGGCUGCAACAAUAAAUUGUGUCCCAGAAAAUAAACUGAAAACAGUAAUUACUGACAGGAGCAAACCAAACCUACCAAACUUGAACGAGAUAUAUUCAAAAAAUGAUGGAGGUUCAUUUUAUCAUCUUACAAACAAUGAGGUCACUCUUAGCAUGCUAAAGUCAACUUUACUAAUGGAAGCUGAGGACAGGCUAAACAUCCUUCUGUCGGAGGUGGAACAUCCAGGGCUCAAGACCCUGUCUCAGUGCUCCGCUGGCGAGCUGGAGAUUGUGGUGGAGGCCAGGCUUCAGCUGGCUGCAGCUGCUCUGCAGAGGCAUCGGGCAGCACACAGUGCUGCAAUAGUAUUUUCUACACUUACACUUCUCCAGGAUUCAAAACUUUUUCAAAAGAAAGUAGUACAGGAGGACACAGAGAAUCCUGUCUCUCCAGGAACUUCUGCCACUGACAAUAAAGAUGACAGUGAGUGUUUAGAUCCUAUUUCCCUUAAUGCCCGAGAAUAUUUCAACAUUCAUCUGUGGUUGAGGUGCCGCUCAGCGCUGGUGACUGCGUUUGUUGCACAGAUUCAUGGCAUUGGAAUUGUAAAAGAGGAUGAUAUGACAGAUUGCCUGAGCCUCAUCAAUGAAGUGUGUAUGGAGGCAAAAAGUGCAGGCGACACGGAACUGCAGGCUGAAUUAUUGACGCAAGCUGUAAUUCUUGGCCUACAAGAAAAGCAUUUAAAGGCGGACAUCAUAACAAAACUUCAGGAUAUAAUACAUUUGCUGGAAGGAAAUGAAUUUAUUUCUCCUCAAUCACGGCUAACUCUGGCAAGAAGCCUUGUUUUACUGGAUGACUUAACCAAAGCUGAGAAAUUCAAGGAAUCUCCCUUUUCAAAAACAGGAAAAUUAAAUUUGUUGACUCAGGCUCACAGUAUUCUAACUGAACAGAUGCUAACUUUUGGAGAAACAAUUGAAUUUCCUUCAUCAAACACUAAAUAUGCAAAUCCAUUAGAGCCUUUGAAAAAUAUCUAUCUUCCCCAUGUCAUGUUAUUGGCCAAAAUAAAAAUGAGAAUUGGACACACAGUGGCCAAGCAAGUAUAUUAUAACAAUAAAAGGAAGGACCCUUCGAAGUGGUUGCCUGCUCUUCAUCUGUUCGACGUGGCACUGAAGCUCUGCAAAACAGCAGCAGCCGAGGAACAGGAGGUAGAAGCUGAAAUCCUUUUUCAGAAAGGCAAAAUAGAACGUCAAAUACUAAUGGAAGAGAAAUCUCCAAGUUUUCAACUUGAGAGUUUAUAUGAAGCUAUACAACUAAGCCUGAAUAAUGAUCAAAACUCAGGAUUGAUAAGAGACUCCUACCUAGAAAUGGCUCUAUUGUAUUUUCAUCUGAAGAAGCCAAAAAGGAAUAUUUCAGGAUCACCAUUAACACUUAAGCCUCCUCUCAGAAGAAGUAGUUCUGUUAAAGAAACAGCAGCAAGUAAAUUUGAAAUGUACAGUUCAUUAGCCUGGAUUGCAAUAAGAGCUGCUGCACAGGUCAGUGAAGCUGUGCUGGCAAUUAACCUACUUAUGGGAAAGAAGAAUAUUAGAACCCAUAGAGUUAAUCAAAUGGCAUUAUCAAAUAUCCCAGAAUUUGCUGCUCUGGAUCUUUUGUCUUCGUAUACAGAUUACUUGCUUGAUAACUACCAAGUCGUCUUCCAGACUUCCUGUACAUUUUUGUACCAAAAUGAUGAUGCGUAUGACAGCACAGAUGGUAGAAAAAAGACUCAGACCAAAGUGGAUAUUACAUGGAUCCUUCUACUGCGCUACUAUAUUCACCUUCAGAGGAUUAAUAAUCUCAGCAAACUGUUAGCAUCCGCAACACCAGUUUCUGGAAUUUCUUUGCCAGAUGAUACACUUCUCACAUCCCUUUACAACUCUGAGUUGAUUUUGCGCCAGAAAGAAGUGCAUUUUUUCCUUAAAAAAUUCUUACAGCUGUAUUCUUCUUCUUCAAUUGAUGAAUUUCCAAAAGAACUUCUUUGUCUGGAAAAUCCCCCUCUUUCAGAAAAAGGCUUACAUGAAUCAUCAGCCAAGUUGUAUCGUGAUAGUUCUCUACAAUCCAUUUUAUCCUUUAAGCCUGUUUCAAGCUCAUCUUGUAUGGACAUAAUGCCAAUAGAAAUGGUAACACAAGCUUCAAACAAAGAACUUUGCUUUCAGUGGUACAUUCCUCCCCUGGACAGACCUCCCAAGGAGACAGAACCUAUGGUUUUAUUGUUGUAUGCAUAUAAUUUGAAGCCUCUGAAGAUUUCAGAUGUUAGACAUUCCACUUUUAACAACGUAUGUGCUGGCUCUUUAUGGAUUCCACUGAACAGGGUUAUUGCAAUUCAUGAGAAAUUAUCUAAUCUUGUACAAAUAGCUGAAAUAUCAUUGCCAGCAGCUCCUGAAAUUACCUCAAAUGAAAACGUAUAUGACAUAGGAGACGUGGAAGAGGAAUCAAUUGAUAAUGAAAUGGAAGACAUGAUUAUUGAGUGUUGUUCUGAAAUAGCAUCUCUGUUUUUGAAUGAUAAAGAGUCAACACCGCUAUCUGAGGUCCCAUUUGAUAUCUCGCUGCCAUCUAUAUUCAGUCUUGAGAGACUGUUUGAUCUGGCUAAUGGUUGCAUUUUAUCAGGAGGAAGCCUUUUCAGCUGGAUAGUGUCAAUUAUUCCCUGAACAUCCUUUACACAGGAUGAUAAAACUGAGAAAUAAGAAUGUGACAACAGACUGAGGAAUUUUUCAGCAAUAUCUGUCGGCCUUUGGAAAUUUAGUGAGAAGUAGUCAGGAUUCAAUGUCUUGCUUGCCCAGAAGCCUCCGGUUCAAACUUAUAUCUUGCCCCGUCUGAUUACUUAUGAUAUAUACAAAUACUCUAAAUUUUCCUUUGAGAUUUCACUGUUGCUCAACCAGCCUCCUGCAGCCUCAAAGGUGUUUUAGCUCCCAGUAGGACAGUUUAACUACUGUCUUCUCUGUGACUUCCAAGUCUAUGUAACUCCUCAGCUUGCUCUCAAUUUGUCCAGCUGAUCUAUUUCUUCAAAGUUGUUUUAGCUUCCCUACUCUCUCCUGUGUUUUGAAAAGAAUAAAUUCUCAAGUAAAUUAAAACUACCUUCUGAUAAAAA